AUGAGGGGACUCCGUGCUCGUUACCACCUCCUGCCCGACCAGGACGAGGAGCUGCCCGUGGGAUGCGGGGAGCCGGCUGGAGAGGGGCAGCCGGGCUGGGAGGGAGCCCCAGCAGCAGCCCCCGCCCUGGAGGAGCCGUGCAGGCUGGUGCUGAGCACACCGAGCAGCGUCCUGCAGGACAGGCAGCUCCAGGAGCUGGGCGCCCACCUGCCCCCCCGGCUGGCGCAGCAGCCCUGGCACCUGCUGUACUGCACCGCCCGGGACGGCUUCAGCCUGCGCACCCUGUACCGGUGCGGGGGCCAGGCGGGCUCCCCCGCCCUGCUGCUCAUCAGGGACACAGAGGCGCAGGCCUUCGGUGCCUUCUCCACCAGCACCAUUCGCUGCAGCAAUGGCUUCUACGGGACGGGGGAGACCUUCCUCUUCUCCUUCUCCCCGGAGCUGAAGGUGUUCAGGUGGACGGGCAGGAACAACUUCUUUGUGAAAGGGGAUGUGAACCUGCUGAUGGUCGGUGGGGGCAGCGGCAGAUUCGGGCUGUGGCUGGACGAAGACCUGCACCGUGGGGGCAGCCACCCCUGCGAGACCUUUGACAACAAGACCCUCUCUUCCCGGGAGGAGUUCUGUGUCCAGGAUCUGGAAGUGUGGGGCCUGGCCUGACCCCACCAUCCUCACCUGAGGACAAAGGUGGCACUGCGGGGGGAUGCUGUUGGACCGAUGCACAACUGUUCACUGCCAGCACCCGCCGGGACGGUGCACAGCCUCGCCCUUGCCUCCCUCCACCCUGUCCCCACCAACGUCCCCAUUUCAUGUGCCAACAGCUGGUGGGGACAGCGUGAGGGGGACAGGCUGCAGUGGGAUCUCUCACACACACACACACCCCCCACACACAGUGCUGCUGCCACUGUGCUGGGGUCCCCGGGGUGGCUGCAGGACCAGGACCAG